ACAACAAAACCUGUGAGUGACAAAGCCUCUUUCAUCUUCUCCUCUGAGUGGCCAAGAAAAACCACUACCCUUCUCUUUUACUCCAGCUCUCAGCAGCACACAGCUUCACCUCUCUGAAGAGAUCGACAGAGCCUCAUCAUGGUGUCCGGUGGAAGACAGAUCCUGGGUUUGGCCCUGGCCAUCAUCGGCUUCCUGGGGAGCAUCAUCAUCUGCGCUCUCCCCACCUGGAAAGUCACAGCCUUCAUUGGUGCCAACAUCGUCACCUCUCAGGUGAUCUGGGAGGGUUUGUGGAUGAACUGCGUGACCCAGAGUACAGGCCAGAUGCAGUGCAAAGUCUACGACUCUCUCCUGGCCUUACCGCAAGACCUGCAGGCUGCCAGAGCGCUCGUCGUCAUUGCCAUCAUCGUCGGGGUCUUUGGGAUCCUCCUUGGCGUGGUCGGGGGCAAGUGCACCAACUUCGUGGAGGACGAAAGGCAAAAGAGCAAAGUGGCCAUUGCUUCUGGAAUCGUCUUCAUCAUCGCAGGCCUGUUGGUGCUCAUCCCCGUGUGCUGGACCGCCAACACCAUCAUUCGUGAUUUCUACAACCCUAUUUUGACCAACGCUCAGAGGAGGGAGCUGGGGGCCUCUCUCUACAUCGGCUGGGGCUCCGCUGGGCUGCUGUUCCUGGGUGGGGGCCUCCUCUGCAGCUCCUGCCCCCCCAGCGAUGACAACAACUAUGACGUGAAGUACGUCAAGGCUCGCUCUGUGGAUAGCAGCAAGGCCUACGUUUAGAUCUAUCGUUUAGACAGAUUGUCCCAUGAAGAUGAGUCAAGUUUCCACCAUUUAGAAUAAUAAUGUCUGUAAUGUGAUGAAAGCAGAUGGGAGCCUUUGCAGUAUGAGUGUGUAACUUGAGCCUGUGUGUUAGUCCUCAAGAAUAAUACAUGUUGUAAAUGUGCAGUUUUUGAUUCUCUAAAUGUGAACAUACUAUGUUUUUGUACUUUACACCACUAUGGACACUUUCCAUUGCAUCCUUUUUUGUUUAUGUUGUUCAUUAUUCCCACAGACAUGCUCUCUAUGAUGUGUGACAUUCAGAGCGUAUGUGUUAGGAAACAUUGUGUAUCUGAGAAAUCUAUGAUUGACUCAUAUAAGCUCAUUUUAUUUUGUUGACGUUUCUCUCUUUGUAUUAUUUUGUCUCUUUUUGUAUUAUUGUACGCCAUUAAAAUUUAGGUCAUUUGUAAGACACACGCUUGUGAGCAUGUGAUUUUCUUUGCCCCCAUUCUUCCAUCUCGUCAUGGCGGGGGAAGAACAGUUACAGUGAUGACAAAUGCCAAAAAAACUCGCUGAACGGUGGGUCUGGUUUUUCAAGUGUGCAUGAGAGAAUCCUUACAAACAGGUUGUGCGGCAAUGUCAUCCUGCCUGCCAAAGAAAUGCUGCUACAUAAACAGAGGAGGCUGAGCAAUAACUGUGUGUUUGUGUGUAUGUUUUGAGUUUGAAUGUGUGCAUGUAGAAUUCCCACUUUAUAUCUCAGAAGACUGAUCAGGUUUGAAAAAGUUUUGCACAGAA